GUUCUUGGCAUAUAAAGCCUCUCAAAACGUAGCAUUAGUGUGUCAGGGAAUUUCCUCAUCUUUAUAGCGCGUACUUGGACUUAAAGGAACAACAUGCGCGCUCUUGGUACCAGGUUUUUCUAUACCAUACUCCUCGUAGUAUCCCUUGUCAAGGCUUCACCCUGGCCAGGCUACCUGAAAUACUCUACCCAUGGGCUCAAGAUGAUUGGGCGCGACUUGAAGGUCGACAGUUAUCACCCCAAGACGACUUACAAGACUUACGGAGAAGGGAAAGAGGUUGCUUCCUUUGUUAAUGGUGACCUGGAAAAGUCUACGAUCUCCUUCAUUUCCUCAGAACUUGGUGUCGACCCAUCUACUAUCGCCUAUAGCUCUGGCCAUACGGCAGACAACGACAUGAGCUACGCUUAUGCGAAGCAAUCACAUGACGGGGUUCCUUUGGCUAAUGCUGUUGCCAAUGUCGCUUUCAAGAAUGGCAAAGCAGUUGCUUUUGGGACCUCGUUCGUGGAUACCUCAACCAUUGCGUCUUCCCAGCCAUCCAUCACGCUCGACUCAAUUAUUGGUGAAGUCGAGGACGCCUUCGGCGCCACCUACAAUGGCAUAAACUCGCUCGAAUAUUUAGCCCAGGCCGAUGGAUCCGUCGCCCUCACUUAUGUAUUGCAAGUCCAGAACACCGACACCAAUGCCGGCUAUGAAGCAUUUGUUGACGCCCAUUCCGGAAAUAUCGUUGGGAGCACCGAUUUCCUCGCUGAAGCUACGUACACGGUUUUGCCCAUAACUAAGCAAUCGGUGUUGGAGGGCGAAGAAACUCUAGUCAAUCCCGAAGACUUUCAAUCUUCUCCCAUCGGUUGGGUGCAGAAUGGCGAGACUGCAGGAAACAACGUCGUGGCCUACAAGGGCACUCCGAGCAAUACGACUAAAGAGUCAUCCUCCGACACGUUUGAUUAUCCGUAUGAUGUCUCCAUCGGACCAACAGAUGGCGAUAACGUGGACGCAGCUCGUACCAACGCCUUCUACAUCAUCAACAAGGUCCACGACUUCACCUACAAGUAUGGCUGGACUGAAUCUGCGUAUAACUUUCAAUUAGACAAUUUUGGCAAAGGAGGAGCCGGAGGAGAUCGCGUGCAGAUGUCCGUACAAGACUCUUCAGGAUUCAAUAAUGCCAAUUUUCUGACUCUUCCAGAUGGUCAGAACGGUACUUGCCGUAUGUAUGUCUUCACCAUGACUACACCCCGUCGCGAUGGAGACUUGCAGAACGAUAUAAUCGUUCAUGAGUUUACGCAUGGUCUUACUAAUCGCAUGACUGGCGGUGGAACAGCUCGAUGCUUACAAACUUAUGAAUCUGCUGGGAUGGGCGAAGGAUGGUCUGAUGCGAUGGCAGAUUGGACCGAACAAAAGAGCGGGAACAUAACCGACUUUGUGUCAGGAACCUGGGUCUUGAACAAUACUGCCGGUGUACGCCAUUAUCCAUACUCCACAGAUCCCGCUGUCAACCCCCUCCGUUACUCGUCACUUUCUUCACUCUUCGAAGUUCAUGAUAUUGGAGAAGUGUGGGCGAACAUGCUUCACAACGUACACGCACUCCUUGUUGAAGCCAACGGAUGGUCUCCGACUGCUAUGUCUGAUCCUUCUGGAUCCGAAGGAAACAUCGUUUACCUCCACCUCUUCAUCGACGCUCUUGCCCUGCAGCCUUGCAAUCCAACCUUUGUCGACGCGCGUAACGCUUGGAUCCAAGCUGACGUGAACCGCUACAAUGGAGACCAUGCUUGUACCCUCUGGAUUGCAUUCGCAAGCCGUGGCUUAGGAAUUGAUGCUGACCACUACAUCGACGAUGAGACUAUUCCGUAUGAUUGUUGAACGAGGCGGUCAAGAAACUCGAAUGUACAAUUAAAUAGCCUGCUGGAACUCUUUGUAUGUAAUAUAUGUGCUCUUUAACCUGUCGUAUUGUGUACUUUCGUCGUUAUUUCUGAGAUAAAUGCAUCACUAAAAAUCUCCGUUGCCAAACCCGUACCCAC